AUGGUUUCAAAUAAUGUUAAAAUUGAAAAUUUUUUCGUACGUGAUGAUGGACAAUUUUUACCUAACAAUAAUAAUUUACCAGUUAUAGUCUAUCGACAAGUAUUCGAUAGUAAAUCAGUUUCAGCAUCAAACUGGGAACAAUUAUUUAAACAAAAUAAUUUUGGUAAAUCAUGGCGUGAUGGAAUAUUUUCUUUUCAUCAUUAUCAUUCAACUGCUCAUGAAGCUCUUGGUUGUUAUGGUGGUCGUGCACAAGUACGAUUAGGUGGUGAUAAUGAACAAGUACUCAAAGAUGUUGAAUUAACUGCUGGUGAUUGUAUUUUAAUUCCAGCUGGUGUUGCUCAUAAAAAUAUAGGACAAGAUGGAGAUUUUGGUGUUGUCGGAGCUUAUGAUAUAGAUGGAAAAAAUUAUGAUAUGAAUUAUGGUAAAAAUGAUGAAGAAAGACGUAAAGCUGAAGAAAAUAUAAAACAGGUAAGAGUACCUCGAAUGGAUCCUGUUGUUGGUGAAAACGGUGGCUUGAUUCAAUAUUGGAAGAAUGCUCGUCAUCAAGACACAUAA